GUGCUUGCAAAGGACUUUGGUUUGAGAGGUUGUCAUCGUUGCUUGGAGCUGAUCUGCUCGCAUGCAGCAUCUUUGAGGGUGGUACACGCUCAGUAAGAGAUUGGUGAACAUCUGAAAGUGCAAGUGGGAGCAGCAGGGCCGGCGCACGCAGAUUAUUAUGUUUUCUUCGGAGAAGCAACCUUUGAAGUCAUCAACGGACGAAAAGGCUCACAAGGCCCUGACCGACCUAUCAGCUUCCCUAGGAGAUGAGGAGAGCCCUUACCUGUCAGCAAAGGGGCCUGCCUCGGGGGGACCCCCAACUCUGGGCGAGCGGGUCUGGAAGGAGCUGAAGCAGAAUUGGUGGCUGUGGGGCUCUGUCGUCUUUGCCAUCCUGCUGGUUGGGGGCCUGGUGCUGUUCCGCAACCAGCUCUACGACACUGCCUCCCACGGCCUCCCCUUCCUGGCAGUGAAGGAGAAUGCGGCUGAGGCGUGCACCACAGCUUGCAAGGAGGAGCAGAUUGCAGGCCAGGCGCUGGCUGCCGGCGCGGGAGGGGACAAGGAUGCUGACAAUGCGCGCCUAAAGGAAGCCUUUGACUCCUGCUACACCAAAUGCGUCGCGCAAGAAACCAAGGAUGUGGCUGAGGAGCGCCAGAAGUUCAAGAAGACUGAGGAAGACUUUGAGAAGAUGGUGGAGGGCAAGGAGGUCUCAGGAACUACCGGCUGACAGCAUUUAUGUUAUUGGGCACUUCUGCAUUGUGCUUCUGCCAUUUUAUUGUCACCGUUCAGCCAAGAUGAUUAUGGGACUGUGUCCCACCAGCAGAAUACUUAAGGAUGCCCAUGCGUGGCUAUUGCUUGGAAUUUUCUGAGGCAAGGGAGAUCUUGAGAUUCUUAAACAGUGUCUGUAUGAUUUGAUCCGAUGGCAUGAAUAUAUGACAUAAUGCAGUGCAGUGCCUUAAAAUGUGUUGCCAAAAUACAUAACGCGAUAUCUUCGUACGUCUCACCAUACAGGCUUGGUGAAGUUGGUGACUUGCAAAACCAUGUCCCUCGAAGUCGAGGAGCUCUUGUUCUCAUCUCUAUCCUUUCCUUGCUGUACACCGGCAUGACAACACCUAUGCCAUUGUUCUCUUGAGUGCAAUAUGCUUCUGCAGG